AUGACCAGAUACAGCCAUUGCGGCCCGUCCCAGGAUCGCUUGUUCGACGGCACGUACGACCAUGUCUCGUCGAUGAACAACUGCGAUGAUUGCGACCCACUCAGGUUGGUCAACCGACCUGCUCGAGAUAGCACCGAUCCCAAGAUUCAUUACGGAGUCAUCGCCUCUGGAAACACUGUCAUCAAGGACGGUAGUACCAGGGACAAGAUGGCGCAAGAGCUCGACGUCCUGUGCUUCGAGAUGGAAGCGGCGGGCUUGAUGGACAGCUUUCCGUGUCUGGUCAUCCGCGGCAUCUGCGACUAUAGCGAUACUCACAAGAACAAGCAAUGGCAAGAGUAUGCAGCAGCAACAGCGGCGGCAUAUGCCAUUGAGCUCCUCUCCAUCAUACCAGCCAAUGAGGCUCAAGGGAUACCAACGAUUGCGAUUCCUGUAGAUGAUGCUGAACGACACAACACCCUCUUGGAGUCUCUCAAGUUUGACCUGAUUGAUGCCCGCCGCUCAAACAUCAAAUCGAGCCAUUCGACAACCUGCCAGUGGCUGCUGCAACACCCCGAUUAUCUAGACUGGCUCGAUCCCGAAAAAGCUGUCGACCACAACGGCUUUCUAUGGAUAAGGGGAAAGCCCGGCACUGGCAAGUCGACCAUUAUGAAUUUCGCCUACAAACAGGUGGCCAAGAACAAGGCGAAUACCGUCAUCUCCUUCUUCUUCAAUGCAAGAGGCGAUGAUUUGGAGCGGUCGACUGCUGGCAUGUAUCUCUCUCUCCUGUUCCAGCUCCUGAGUGCCCUGCCGAGGCUUCUCGAUGUCUUUGACGGGCCGGAGCACAAGGUUCAGCUCGACGGCUUGCACGAGAAUAUUGUGAGCCAGAGCAGGCAAGCCGAGUGGCCAAUGGCACUCCUCCGGGGCUUGCUGCGAAGCGCAAUAGCGAGGCUUGGUCUCCAAUGCUUGACGUUCUUUGUCGACGCUCUUGACGAGUGCGACACAGGUCAAGUGGAAGAAAUGGUGGAGUAUUUUGAGGAUCUUGGACAAUACGCGGUCUCCAGCGAAAUUCGGUUUACCGUGUGCUUCUCCAGUCGCCACUAUCCACAUAUUGAAAUCGAGCACGGCCGAAAAUUGAGCCUGGAGCAUCAAGAGGGGCACGAAAAGGACAUCGCCACGUACAUACAAAGCAAGCUCAAGGUCGGGAGGAGCAAGACUGCCGAGGAAAUAAAGACCGAGAUGCAGGCCAAGGCAGGUGGCAUCUUCAUGUGGGUCGUCCUUGUUGUCGACAUUCUCAACGCAGAAUACAGGGGCGGGCGGAUUUUUCAUGUCAGGAAGCGGCUUGACGCGCUGCCGUCCGAGUUGAGCGACCUCUUCAAGGAAAUCCUGGGAAGGGAUCAGAGGAACCCGCGAGACCUGCAGCUCUGUGUCCAGUGGAUUCUUUUUGCGAAGCGUCCAUUGAAGCUGGAAGAGUACUACUUUGCAGCCGUAUCUGGACUAAGUCCUGAUGUGUUGCGCGAAUGGGACCCUGAAGAAGUCACCAGAGACGACAUGAACAGGUUCGUGUUGAGCUCAUCCAAGGGACUUGCAGAGGCAACCAAGUCCAAGAAUGCAGCCGUUCAGUUCAUACACGAGUCGGUGCGCGAAUUCUUCCUCAAAGAUGGCCUACAGGAGUUGUGGCCCAAUCUCACAGCAGCCGAGUUCCCGGGCGUGAGCCAUGGCCAGCUACAGCAAUGCUGUCUUGCCUACAUCAAGCUCGACAUCUCGAACCAUGUGCCCCCUGACAAACCACUUCCAAAGGCAUUCUCCGAUGCGGCAAAGGAGUUGCGACUAAUGGCGUCAGAAAAGUUCCCCUUUCUCGAAUAUGCAACGCGCCAUAUGCUGAACCAUGCUGAUGCAGCUACCGACUCCCAGGACGCCUUCCUGGAAGAGUUUCCCCUCCAGGCCUGGAUCAACUUGGAUAACCUGUUCGAGAAGCACGAAAUUCGACGCUACACGCAAAACGCAAGUCUAUUGUACAUUCUCGCAGAGAACAAUUUGACGAGGCUCAUGAGGACAACACUUGUCCACCAUCCGAGAAUCAACGUUCGAGGAGAGCGACAUCAAUACCCUCUCUUCGCCGCCUUGGCUAAUAAUCAUCGAGAUGCGGUUAAAACACUCUUGCAACAGGAGACAACACUCCCGCAGACGGACGACGUCUCUAUGCAACUCGAUUAUGGGCGGGCUUUCGCGGCUUCCAAGGGCCAGACACCACUGCAUUGGGCGUUUGAGAAGGGGCAUGUGGCCCUCGCUCAUCUUCUGAUUGCGCAAGGGGAGCUCAAUCUAGACUCUGGGGGCUGCAAAAAACGGACGCCGCUCUCGUGGGCCGCCGAGAUUGGGCACAUAGCUGGUGUGAAGCUGCUGCUCGGCACGGGCCUGGUCAAUGUCAACUCGAGGGAUAAUUCCGGGCGGACGCCGCUCUCAUGGGCCAUAGAAAAUGGGCACGUGGCUAUUGUGAAGCUGCUACUCGACACGGGCCAGGUCGAUAUCGACUCGAGGGAUAAUUCCGGGCAGACGCCGCUCUCGGUGGCCGCCACAAAUGGGCAUGAGUCUAUUAUAAGGCUGCUGCUCGGCACGGGCCUAGUUGAUGCCGACGUUGAUAUCGACUCGAAGGAUAAUUCCGGCCGGACGCCGCUCUCGGUGGCCGCCAAAAAUGGGCAUGAGCCUAUUAUAAGGCUGCUGCUCGGCACGGGCCUAGUCGAUGUCGACGGCAUGUAG